GCCCCACACUCUUUGAGAGCUUCUCUGAGGGGACGAGGCCGGGGAGGUUUGGGGACUGCAGAGCUCCCCCAUGUCCCCCCCGAAGCCCCCCGUACCCUCUUCCUGCGGGGGUGGAGCUGUGAGGCAGGAAGGGCCCUGGGCAGCAGCCGUGUUUUGUUUUAAGGAGUUUUGGGGUUUUGGUCCCCCACCCCCGCAGCCUGCGGCUCCUCUAUAAAAGGUGUCAGGACGCAGUCACCCACUGUCAGUCACCUGCUGUCACCGGCUCAGUGGGCUCACCAUGGCUGCCACCUUCCUCCUGCUGCUGCUGCUGCUGCUGGGAGCGGCACAGGCUGCGGCCCCCCCGCCCUGCCAGGGUGACCCAAUGUCCUGGUGCUGGGACAUGGCCACGGCCACACACUGUGGAUGGGAGCACCAGUGCCUGCACCUCUGGGACAGCCUGGCCCUGGGAAAUGUGGCUGAUGGGGAGAGCGUGGCGCAGGGCAGAGGGAUUAAGUGCAGCCAGUGCACCAAGAUCCUGAAGAAGAUAAAGGCGCUGGCAGGUGACGACCCCGAUGAGGCGGCGGUGGCAGCAGCACUGCGGAAGGGCUGCCGGGUGCUGGGCCGAACCAUGGGCAAGUGGUGCCAGCGGCUCGUGAAAAAGUACCAGGACCAGAUCACCGAGGCUCUGCAGAACGGAGACAUGCCCCAGGACAUCUGCACUGCCAUGGGCUUCUGCCGGUCCUGAGCACAGUCAGUGCCCAGCUCUAUCCUGAUCCUAAUCCCGUGGGCUGAUCUUGCACUCUGCAUCCUGCAUCCUGUGUCCUGCACCCUGCAUCCUGCAUCCUGAUCCCAUACCCCGUGUCCUGCACCUCACAUCCCGAUCCUACAUCCUGCAUCCUGCACCAUUUCCUGCACCCUGCAUCGCAAUCCCAUACCCCCUGUCCUGCACUGUCCUGCACCCUACAACCUGAUCCUGAGCCCACAUUCUGCACCCAUAUCCUGAUCCUGCACCAAACGUCCUGCACCCCAUGUCCCAAUCCUGCACCGUGUCCUGAACCCUGAUCCUGCACCCCACAUCCUGAUCCUGCACCCUGCCUCCUGAUCCUGAACCCUGCAUCCUGCACCCCACAUCCUGAGCCCAUAUCCCUUCUCUGUGUCCUACACUUUGCACCCCACAUCCUGCACCCCACACCUGCCAGGGGGUGGGAGUGUGCUUGGGAUUUCUGAACUGUCCCUGCUGCAGGUCUGUAGGGUGGGGGUGAGCCAGGUCACCCCAAAGUGCAUUGUUGAGCAGGGGGAAGGCUAAAGAAGCUGCUUCCGCUGGCCCCCGACUCAGCCCGCACUCUUUGCUUUCUGCACAGACACAGCCCUGAGUGCCCCCCAAACCCCUACGCCCUUCCAGCCCCGAUGCCCCUGCAGCCCAGCCAUCCCCCUCCCCCACAAUAAAGUCGCUCU